AUGGCUAUGCGUUCCAUUCUAUCAGCGCUGCUCGUGGCUUCUGUCCGCGGGCAGAUCGCUGGACAGGUUGAGGGGUGCCCGGGCUACCGAGCGUCCAACGUGGUGCAAGGCGACUCCUACCUCGUUGCGGAUCUUACUUUGAUCGGCAACUGCAGCACGUACAGCAAGGAUGUCGAGAACUUGAAACUGCUCGUCGAGUAUCAGACUGACACACGCCUGCAUGUCCUGAUUGAGGAUGCUGGAAAUGAAGUGUACCAGAUUCAGGAGCACGUGCUACCUCGCCCAAAGAGCCAGAAUGCGACAGCAAAGGCCGCCGCUCUGAGAUUUAGCUUCACUGAGGAUCCCUUCACUUUCAACGUCACCAGGGCUGCGACCGGAGAGGUUUUGUUUGACACGUCCGACUCGCCUCUGAAUUUCGAAUCGCAGUAUGUUCGGCUCCGGACGAGCCUUCCGCAGAAUCCCAAUCUGUACGGCCUCGGCGAGCACUCGGACGAUUUCAGGCUGCAGACUGUGGGCUACACACGCACAUUCUGGAACGCGGAAUCGCCCUUCAUCCCGAACCGAGCCAACCUGUACGGCAGCCACCCGAUCUACUUUGAUCACCGGGGAGAUUCGGGCACCCAUGGCGUCUUCCUCCGUAACGCCAACGGCAUGGACGUCCGCAUCGACCACACUGAGUCAGGCCAGCAGUAUCUGGAAUACAACGCCAUCGGUGGCGUUGUCGAUCUCUACUUCCUCGCGGGGCCCGAGCCGGCCUCGGUCAGCAAGCAGUACGCCGAGGUCGUGGGUCUCCCCGCCAUGAUGCCCUACUGGAGCUUUGGCUUCCACCAGUGCAAGUAUGGUUGGCAGACAAUCGAACAUGUGACCGAGGUGAUCGCCAACUACUCGGCGGCCGGCAUCCCGCUCGAAGUCGUCUGGGGUGACAUCGACUACAUGGACUCCAAGCGCGACUUCACGACCGACCCUACCCGCUAUCCGCUGGACAAGGUGCGCUCUCUGGUGGAUUCCCUGCACCAGAACAACCAGCGCUACGUCCAGAUUCUCGACCCCGGCAUCAACCGGAUCGAUAACUACGGCACCUACAGCCGCGGCGCAGAGAAAGGUGCCUUCCUCCGCGCGGCAGACGGCAGCUACUACCGCGGGCUCCAGUGGCCCGGCGAGGUCGUCUGGCCGGACUGGUUCGCCCCUGCAACGCAAGAGUGGUGGACCAACGAAAUCCGCACCUUCUACGACCCAUCCAACGGCAUCGACGUCGACGGCCUGUGGACCGACAUGAACGAAGCAUCCAACAUGUGCGCCGACACGAACUGCCUGAGCCCUACCGAGUCCUUCUCCCCCUUGAAUUGGGACCCGCGCAAGCCGCCUCCGCGCGCGCGCCGCUCAGCCGAGCCUCCCAGUACUGAAACGGGCCUGGCAGACCGCAACUUGUUCAAACCGGCGUACCAGAUCGCCAACCAUCGCGGCGACCUGUCGUCGUACGCGCUCUGGACCAACAUCACCAACGCCGACGGCACGUACCAGUACGACACGCACAAUCUGUACGGCGUGAUGAUGGCGACGGCCACGCGGGCGGCGCUCCUCUCGCGCUCGCCCGCCAAGCGGCCCUUCGUGCUGACGCGCUCGUCCUUCGCGGGCGCGGGGCGGGCCGUGGCGCACUGGUUCGGCGACAAUGCGUCGACGUGGGACCACUACCGCACGGCGAUCCGGCAGAUGCUUGCCUUCGCGGCGCUGCACGCCAUGCCCAUGGUCGGGUCCGACGUGUGCGGGUUCAACGGGAAUGCCGAGGAGAAGAUGUGCGCGCGCUGGGCCGUCAUGGCCGCCUUCCAGCCCUUCUACCGGAACCACGCCGACGUGUCGGCGCCCGACCAGGAGUUCUACCGCUGGCCGCUCGUGGCCGACGCCGCCAAGAAGGCCAUUGACGUGCGCUACCGGCUGCUCGACUACGUGUACACGGCCAUGUGGCGGGCCAGCCAGGACGGCUCGCCCGCCGUGAGCCCGCUGUGGUUCUGGUAUCCCGGCGACGCGGCCACGUGGGCGGUGCAGACGCAGUGGUUCCUGGGCGACGCGCUGCUGGUCAGUCCUGUGGUAGACGACGACAGCCAGAGCGUGAGCUACUACCUGCCCCGGGACGUGUGGUACGACUUCUGGACGGGCGAGCGGGUGGUCAGCAACGGCGAGACCAGGACGGCCGACGCCGUGGGCUGGGCGGACAUCCCCGUGCAUAUCCGGGGCGGGUCCAUCGUGCCCAUGCGUGUGCAGUCGGCCAACACCACGGCGGAGUUGCGCAAGCAAAACUUUGUCGUCGCGGUUGCGCCUGGCGCCGACGGCAGUGCCAAGGGAGAGCUCUACUUGGAUGAUGGGGUGAGCUUGGACGUCUCCGACCAGCAUACGGUGAUCAGCUUCACCUACGACGGCAUGAACUUUGAGGCCAAGGGUAGCUUUGGGUAUUCCACGGAGUCGGUGGUCGAGAGGGUCGUUGUUCUUGGGGAGACCGGAGAGAAGAAGCAGACCCUGGAGGGGCCGUGGGGAUUGGAUAAGGCUUUUGGAUUUCGCAUCUAA